AGCAAGCACAACUCAUCGCCGGCAGUUCGUUUUUUUUUUGUAAUUUCAAAAAGAGUUCUUAUCUCAUAACAAAGAGAAACCUCACAUCUUACAGCGGAAUGUUUUUAAAAGUCUUUGCAAGACAUGGACGCAAGGACAUUAGGCAAAAUAUAAAGAUCCUUAGAGCUUAUUCAACGGCCAUUAAGUCUUCGUACCCAGCUUUGGUGGACAAUUCCUAUGUCAGCUUUCUGCAACAAGAAUGGCAUCAGGCAAAACGCUUCACAGAUAUACCGGGACCAACAAAACUUCAAAUGAUUCGGGGUUUUAUGAGGGGAGGAGAUUUUCAUGGCAAAUCUUUUGAAAAGGUAUUAAGGUUAUGUCGUCAGCGUUAUGGUGAUAUUUAUCUUCUACCAGGAAUGUUUGGUCAACAUGCAAAUUUGAUAUCAUUCGAUUUGGAUGAUCAUAAGAAGGUUUUUCGCACAGAAGGACAAUAUCCCAUAAGACCGGGCAAUGAAUUAAUGUUUGAGUAUCGUCUGAGCCGCAAGGAUGAUCUUUAUGAUGACGACAAUUUGGGAGUAGCAGGAAAUGGUCCACAAUGGAGCAGAUUUCGCCAUGCCGUAAAUCCAAUACUAAUGCAACCUAGAAAUGCUCGCCUUUAUAUAGAGCCAACACAAAAGAACAAUGAGGAUUUCAUAAGAAGAAUUCGUUUUAUCCGCAAUCCUGACUCCUUAGAAGUUCCCCAUGAUUUCCUUCAAGAAAUUAAACGACUGGCCUUUGAAUCUGUGGCUAUCAUAGCUUUGGACAAGGAGUUAGGUUUAGUGCGCCAUGAGGAUUCAUUACCUGAGGCCCAAGAACUUUUUCAUAAUAUGCAUAGUUUCACCACAGCCUUUUACGAUUUGGGCAUCAAGCCUUCGAUUUAUAGAUAUAUAAAAACGCCCACCUUUAAACGUUUUGAAAACUCCAUGGAAUUUAUCACCAACAUAUGUCGUAAAUAUGUCGACGAAACUUUACAACGCAUUGAGCAAAGAGGCGAAAAAAGUGGGGAGCGUAGUGUUUUGGAAAAAUUGGUGAAAAUUGAUCGUAAAAUUGCCACAAUUAUGGCUGUUGAUAUUUUGUUAUUUGGUGUUGAGCCCACUUCAUCGAUUAUGUCGGGAGUAUUGCUGUGUGUGGCCACCAAUCCGGAAAAACAGCAAAAGCUUCGCAAAGAGAUAUUAACGACAGUGGGCAAAACGUCAGCAUUUACCAUUGAAAAUAUGAAUAAUUUACCCUAUUUAAGGGCCUGCAUAAAGGAAGCUAUACGCAUUUAUCCUUUGGUAUUUGGUAAUAUUCGAGCCACAGGUAUGGAUUUGUGUUUAAGUGGAUACCAGAUACCCAAAGGCACCAAGAUAUUUCUAACUUCAAGUUUGCUUUUACAAGAGGAUAAAUAUUUUCCCAACCCUAAAGAAUUCUUACCUGAACGUUGGCUACGUUCUCAUACUUCCGAUACUACUGACAACGCUACAAAUCCCUUUGUAUAUUUGCCUUUUGGCUUUGGUCCCCGUUCCUGUGUGGGCAAACGAAUUGUCGAACUGCAGUUGGAGAUAACUUUGGCACAUCUUGUAAGAAAUUUCGAAAUGGAAUAUAAUUAUUCAACCGAAAAUGCUUUUGAGAAUUACUUUGUUAAUACUUGUGUAAUACCUUUGAAAUUUAAAUUUAAAGAUUUAUUUUAACUGAUGCUCUAUUAAACGUUAACUUCUAAAAAUAAAAAUUUUAUUUUAAGAUUUGAUGAAAUAUAUGCCAAAUACAAUUUGGCAAUUAAAUGUGAAUUAAAAAGGGAAUAAAACAAUUUUUUUUAAUUUU